AGUCAGUACACGCGUCCCGACGCCCGGGGAUGCGUCCACCGGCGGAGGUAUAGCUUCGUUCGCGAGUCCCUCGGACGGAGCGGGUGUCGUUUCGCUGUGAAGAGAAAACCGUGCAAAGUCCGCGAGCCCAAUCACAGAGAGACGGAGGAAAAAGUGUGUGAUCGGAGGAGCGUUAAAAGCGGGAUUCACGCGCGUAUGGCGCGUCGUGUCACACUCUCGCCAGUAUAAUGCUACACUUUUUUCGCGAGAAUGAGGGUGGCACGGCUAUUACUGUGCUGCGUACUUCUCGAAGACUACAGCACCAAUCUUGGCGGAACGGCAAUUACCAGUGACGCCAUGCGCCAGGACGGCUCCUCGUCCGCGACGAAUCCGACGCUAUCAGAUGUGCCGAGUUUCUCCGAGCCGAUCGGCAACGUGACCGCCGCCAUCGGCAAAGAAGUCGCCCUCUCCUGCACCAUCAAGAAAGUGGGAAAUUACAAGGUGGGAUGGCUGCGCGCCGAGGACCAGACGAUAUUGUCGAUGGGCGAGCGCCGAGUCACCCAUUCACCCCGAUUCUUCGUCACCCUGGAGAAUGCCAAGACGAAGAAUCAGACGCAAUCGCGAGAGGAGGAGGAGGCCACCUGGCAGCUGCACAUUCGGUCGCUGAAGGAAGCCGACCGUGGCUGCUACAUGUGCCAACUCAACACCAAGCCGAUGUUGAGCCAGCUGGGAUGCGUGGACGUCCUAGUGCCGCCCGACAUUCUGAGCACCGGCACAUCGGAUGGCGAGGUCUCCGUUCUGGAGGGUGAGAACGCCACGUUGUCGUGCAAGGCGUCCGGACGACCGCCGCCUCGCGUGUUCUGGCGACGCGAGAAAAGUGAAUUCAUACUCAUGAGAGGUGUUCACGACCCGCUGAUGCCAAUGGAGAGCCUGUCCGGCGAGAGGCUAGAAUUAAUCAGGGUAGACAGGAGGCAAAUGGGGGCUUAUCUUUGCAUAGCGAGAAACGAAGUGCCUCCGGCGGUCAGCAAGAGGGUUAAUCUCAAAGUAAAUUUCCCACCCAGCGCGAAGGCACCGAAUCAGCUGCUCAGUUCUCCGCUGGACACGAAUGUGUCGUUAGUCUGCUUGAUCGAGGCUUAUCCCAAGACGAUUAACUUCUGGAUGCGAAAGGAGAAAGUGAUCAUGAACGGAGGUAGAUACGAGAUCGACGAGCGAGGCGAUCCCGAGGAGGAAUGGAAGACAACGAUCGUGUUGAAGAUAAGGCGCUUGGAGAAAACGGAUUUGGGCGAGUACACGUGCUCGGCCUCCUCAAGCAUGGGAAAAGCCGAGGCGAAUCUCAGAGUUUACGAGAUCGAGCGGCCGACCGAAUCCAGCCGCGUCACCUCGACCAACUCGAAGCGACUGAACCGAGUCAAGUCAAAGUCCGGGCAAGGGGCGAUCAAUCGGGUUUUCCAUCAGCAGGUGAGCACGCCGGCGAUGCAGAAGAGCACCGCGCGAUUGAUCUACAACAACAAAUACGCGACCACGUCGACGACCGCGGACCCGCGCGCGCCCUUAAUUAAGGACCACGGCAACGCUUUCAAGCACAACGGCGACGACAACCAGAAUUUCAAGGAUCGCAACGACGCGUCCGCGGUCAUCGCCAGCAGUAAACAAAUCGUCUUGCCGCUCUGCUUGAUAUUGUUCUCCACGAUAAAAAGAGAGGGAGACGAUGCACCAUACGUUUAUCGAGAUGGGACAAGUAUCUUACCAGAAGUGCAGACUGCGGUAAUACCGGUUAAAAGCGUUGAAGGAAGCAACGGGCAAGUCUUUGUCAUGGACAUGCAAGCCUCUAAUGUGUAUACUUCCAUCCCUGGGUAUUCGGAACUAGGGAUGAUAUGGAUGGGAGAUGUGAUGGUUCAUAGAGAUGCCACUCAUGAGCUUGCCAUGCUGGAUCCCAGUCAAACAGAAAACUCCUUUUAUUCACACAGUUCACAUCCAUACGAAGAUAUCAGAAAUCAUGUUACACCCACUACCAUGGUACGCUACAUACCCCAGCAAUUCUCAAACGAAUGUUCUGAACCUGAUGAAGCAAUGGAAGCUGUAGAUGCCAAUGAGAUACAGCAAGGAUAUGAUACACAAAGUGAAAGACCAGAAAUAAGCGAAUACCUAAGUAUAGAAGACUACAUGGGUGAUGAAGAACGUGAACAAAUUGUGACCAACGCAGCAACUCAAACUACUCAAGACGGUCGCAAUCGAAAAAUAAAGCCUAUAAAACACCCUGGACUUGUGUUGAAAACACCAAUUGCUUAUCAACCUCAUACAGAUCUGAAUUUCAUUCCUAUUCGUAAAGAUGGUAUAGCUGUUUGCGAGAAGUGCGGUGCUAUUGGAGUUAAACACGCCUUUUACACGAAAGAGCGUAGAUUUUGCAGCAGAGCAUGCGCACGUUCCUCGGAACAUGCUGCCGAUUCAACAUAUAGUCCAUCCCAUUCGGUUGAUCAGAUGGUGUCUAUGAACCAAGAAUCCCUCAACGAAACGAAAGUACGGACGGAUAUGGUUAUAAAGGAAGAAGUAGAUGUAAAGGAAUUCAUUGAACCAAACAAAGUUAAAUUAGAACCAGUAAUCCUGGAAGAUUUACCAAUUAGGAGGAAAAGAACAGCUGAUAUGGCUGGUUCUUAUGACUGGACGUCGCAACUUUACGAGCCUGGAUUUUGCGCCGCACCAGUUUCUUGUUUCAAACAUGUCCCUAUAUCAGAAAUAUGGGACAACAUCACAGUGGGUAUGAAGGUAGAGGUAGAGAAUACCGAUUGUGAUGAAGUAUGCGAGGCUUUCCCGGACUCUUUUUGGGUCGCAACUGUAUUACGUAUAUGCGGAUAUAGAGCUCUGUUAAGGUACGAGGGUUUCGGACACAACCCAGACAAAGAUUUUUGGGUAUCUUUGUGCUCUAAUGACAUUCAUCCUGUUGGUUGGUGUGCUACAAUUGGGAAACCUCUUAUUCCACCUAACACGAUUGCAGACAAGUACACAGACUGGAAGGACUUCUUGAUGAGACGAUUAACCGGUGCGAGAACAUUGCCGACCAGUUUUUAUAAUAAGGUGAGCGAGAGUAUGAAAUCUCGCUUCAGGUGCGGGCUUCAUUUGGAAGUGGUGGAUAAGAACAGAAUCUCACAGGUGAAAGUGGCGACGAUACAAAAAAUCGUCGGCAAGCGUCUGCAUGUGAGAUACUAUGAUUCACCUCCUGAGGAUAAUGGAUUUUGGUGUCACGAGGACUCACCUCUCAUACAUCCCGUCGGUUGGGCCAUGAGAGUGGGACAAGCACUAGAUGCGUAUCACGAGUACUUGUGCCGUGUCUCCACGUUGAGGUUGUCCGAGGACGAUGCGACGGAGAAUCUCUUUUAUGUGCCAAAGAAUCAUCCCUCGCACCUGAGAUAUAUGUUUAAAGAGGGAAUGAAGAUAGAAGCGAUCGAUCCACUCAAUCUUUCAGCCAUUUGCGCGGCAACAGUUAUGCAAGUUUUGAAGGAAGGUUACAUUAUGAUACGCAUCGACAGCUACGAUGAAGAUGCCAGUGGUGCUGAUUGGUUCUGCUAUCAUUCGUGCUCGCCUUGUAUCUUUCCAGUCGGUUUUUGUGCUCAGCAUGGUCUACCAUUGACACCGCCAAAAGGUUACGAUCCCACUGCAUUUACGUGGGAUUCAUAUCUGAUGGAAACUAACGCCAUACCUGCACCUAUACAGUUAUUUAAUUGGGAAAUUCCCCAGCAUGGAUUUAUCGAGGGAAUGAGGCUCGAGGCUGCUGAUUUGAUGGAUCCUAGAUUAGUUUGCGUUGCUACUAUUACUAGGGUGAUUGGCAGGUUACUAAGAGUACACUUUGAUGGUUGGGAGGACGAAUAUGAUCAAUGGUUAGACUGUCACAGUCCAGACAUUUAUCCUGUUGGAUGGUGUGACUUGGUCGAGCAUAAAUUGGAAGGGCCGCGUGUGCUUGUUAAAAACACUAGUCCUACUGUAAAAUCACCGAGAGGCCUUAAACGUAAAACUAAGAGAAAAAUGAAGAGAGGUAACAAGUUGUCCUGCUCUAAAAAUAUACUACCUCGUCAGAGUGAACGAAUUAAUAUGGCUCGCGAACAAGAACGAGAAUUGGAACCUGCUCAGGGUACGAAGAUCGAAAGAGAGCGCGACUUGGAAAGUCUGCCGGAGCAGAGAAGCAGAGAACCAGAACCGGCGCAAGAACCAGCUGGACCUGACCAGACUUUACCUAGUCCAACUACUGGGCAAGGUCAAGCGUUGGGCGACACUCAGAGCGAGGUACAGAAUCCUCCACCACCCAAGGAAAGAAUCGCUACAUCAUACAUCAAUGUGACUGUGGCGAGUAAUAAAUACAUACCAAGGCUAGCGGAUGGUGUGCAUAAAAGUUCGGAAUCUGGUGACCUAGUGCCAUCUGAAUGGAAUGUUUUUGAUGUUGCACAAUUUCUUCGUGUCAAUGAUUGUGCGACAUAUUGCGAUAAUUUCAGUAAACGCAAAAUAGAUGGAAAGGCAUUACUGACUCUGACUAAGGACCAAAUAAUAGACCUGACGGGCUUCAAAGUUGGACCGUCUUUAAAGAUUUACGAUUUAAUUCAGCAAUUAAAAAUCAAAGUAAAUCCAGCUCAGGAAAGGUUGAAAUUAGGAUUGAAAAAAUUAUUAUAACAAAACUAGUAUAUAUAUGUAGUUAGUUGUAUGAAUGUAAGUUCCAUUUCAUUAUACAAAUUAAACAUGGAUUUACAGGUAAGGCAUGUGAAGUAAUGACAGUUGAAAUCACCUCGUCUCGCUAUGACCGCAUACGUUAUUUGUUAUAUACUUUAUUAAUGUACUGGAAAAAGAAAUGUUUGUAUGUAGUUUCUUUAUAGUUUAAAAAUGAACGUGUAAAAUUUAGAUGCCGUAUGUGAUUACUAUGAGUUCAAAGAAGAUGAUUCCAUUCUGGAAAGCAACAUUAAUUUGAUAACGGUCUCUAAACUUACUCAAUCGGGUAUGAUCGAUUUGUUGAAAUUUCUAAGAUAAGGCAACGAUAAAUUCUAAAUCUUAUCUCUCUUCUAAGACUAAGAUAUCUAAAAUACAAUCAAAAUCGAGGUAAAAGGCUCAAAUUAAUAACAACACAAAUAGUAGAGCACCAGUCUUAAUAUACUUAUUGCUGAAUAUAUACGGUGCGCGAAUACGAAAGUAUAAAAUAUAUUUUGUGCAAUAUCUUGCUGUGAAUAUAUUUUGUGCAAAGUAGAUAUAUGUACUUCAAAUCACACAUAAUUUUUUUUUUCGUAUAUUAAUUACCUAAACAAAUAUCAGUGCCAUAAGUCGCACAGAAUAUUAAAAAGUAUCUUCAUGUCACAUUUGUCACUUUAUCACAUUAUGAUAAAAUCAUUUACAAUCUUCAAAUGCAACUUGUAUCUUAUUAAGGCUGUUCCAACUUUCUAGUAAGUUAACUGAUAGUUAAAUAUAUAUCUGUCUUUGUUUAAGUUGAAGGAAAAACAAAGAUAGACAUAUGAUUUAUCUAUCAAUUAAUUUACGAGUUAAUUAACAAGUUAAUUUACAGUUAAUUUAUCAAUUAAGUCAAUGAUUAACUAAACUAGCUGGGAAAAUUUUUCAUCAAUAUAAUUUUGAUCUUUGUGUAUGUGUAUACACAUACCAAAAAUAAAUUGUUAAUCCAAUAUAAAACUGCAUUCCAGAAUGGAUUCUUCUCUAAGAGUAAUCAUUAUUGCAUCUAAUUUUUUAUAUAAUGUCCAUAAAAUAUUUAAAAUUAACAUUUUUUCACAAUGUGUGAUGUCAUACAUUUUAUAUAUAAUAUAUAAAUAAAUAAGAAUAUAUAUAUUUAUACCUGAUAUGUGUAUAAGGAAAUAUGAAUGUAUGUAUACUACACUUAAACAUAUUCAUAAACACAUAACAUAUUUUCUGUAAUAUUUUUUUUAUCGAAGUUUUUCUUCCAACUUAUUUGUAAAUCCAUGCUGUCACGUUGCACCGCAUAGAAAAUACGAAUGCAUCAGCCAUAUCUACAGAUAAACGCGUCAUGAAAAUAAAUUUUCUCGUAUAAAACGAAAUAUGUAGAAUUCCGAACGUGUUCGUACUUUACAUAUACGCAGAAUAAAUUAAUAUAGAUAUAUUAAAAACUACUGCAAAGUACAAAAGAUAAUUUUGUCGAGCCAGAGUACCGAUUAAUAUUAAACUUGUUAAUGGAUAAUACACAGUUUUUACAAAAUAUAUAUAUAUAUAUAUAUAUAUAGUACUGUAUAUUUUAAUAAAUCUCUAUCAAUUUACUCUGUGUUGUAGUACAUACAUAUAUACUGUGUUGUAAUACAUACAUAUAUACUGUGUUGUAACACAUACAUAUAUACUGAAGUCUGUAUAUAACCAGAGAAACGAGAAGUUUGAACGUUAUAUGUAAGUUUUGUAUAUAUACGUGUAUAGCGUGAUGUUAGAUUUAGGGCCGAUUGGUAAUUUAACUGAUAAUUAAAUCAUAUGUCUCUAUCUAAGUUAAAGGAUAAACAAAGAUAGACAUAUAAUUUAACUAUCAGUUAACUUACCAAAAAGUUGAAACAAUCGGCUCUUAGUCAUUCUCUCUCUGCAAACCAUGACACACCUUAUAAGGCGCCGAACUAUCGUAGAGUGGCUGAUGCGUGCGUGCGGCAUAUAUUGUAUCUAUAUGCAUAAUCAUUUCUACUUUGAUGAAUCAAAGCAAUCAGACGAAGUUAAAGGAUAUUGCUUCGGCUCUUGAAUACUAUUUUAGUACUAUGGCAGUAACAUGGUUACUCAUAUUAUUUAUUCGAACAGUUUGGAAUCUCUCUAGAGAAUGUGUUUUUUAUCUCAUGUUUUUUCGAGAAAAAAUUGUUCGACGAACGGUGCAAAUAGAUAGUCGUCAAUGAACAUUGUAUAUUUCUUGUGCAUGAAUCACAGGAUUCUUUACAGUAACAUAUUAUUGAUAUAUGUGAGAAGUGAAACUUUUAUAUAUUUAUCGCCAUUAACUUGUACGUCAAACGAAAUUACCUGAGAGAUUCUGAUCCUUGUUCACAAUUGAAUUCUCUGAGCAACGAGUCCCAAAAUCAAACAGCGACAUAGAUAUUCAUUCGAACACGGGAUUUGAAAUAUACCGCAUCGUUAUUAAACUUAUUAAAUUUAUUCGAUCAUAUAUUUAUUAAAGGUGGCCAUCGAUUGAGUCGCGAUCUUAAUUUAGCUGAUCUUAUUGUAUUUCUAUCUAAAGCUGCAAAUAUAAAAGAUCAGAUAAAUUAAUGGUUAAAUUUUAAUAAUAUAUCGGCGAUAACGUUUAGAAGUUUAUUACAUGCUCAUUAGAUUUAUUCAGAUUUUAAGUGAGAUGGCGUUAAUAUACACGGAAUUUUAAUGAGUCUCGCUAGGAGAUCAUAUUCGAUAUUCGAUCCUCUUCCUAUAUAGUUUUUUGGUGACAAGUUAUAAAUUUACGUUUUAGUCGAUUAAGAAUUACAUGCAAUCACAAGUACAAAAGAGUAAUACCGGUUACAUUCUAGAGUUCAUACUAUGACAGUACACUUUACAUCUCAACUUACGUGACAGAUUGCGACACACGUAAUGAGAUUAAAACACAUAAUUGCGUAAUGAGAUUAUGUCGUGUUUUAACUCUCAGCGCCUGUUAAUUCUGAAAUUUCGCAAAUUUUUAAAGGAACAUAGUAUAACGAAGAAAUGAUUGCAAAAGAUACGAACAAUGAUAUAAACAUUUUUUUAAAUUUUGAUAGUCAAUACAAAAGAGUUCGAAAGUAUACCACAAAGUUAUGUAAUACUAUUUAUUAAUUACGUUCAUCAUACAUCUUACCCCUCUAUGCCAUAUUGUGGCUUACAUAUCAGUUCGAUUUAUAUACGCCUCACCUUUCUUAUUGCGGCAUUAGACUUACGAGAGAGUGUAACAUUCCACGUUUCUGCACGUGUUUAUGGAUAAAGAUGCGGGCGAUAGAGGGUUAAGAAAAUAAAAUGGAUAUUUGCCAAGAAUUGUUACAAUCAUUAUGGAACUAUAUCAUUAGUUUUAGCCAAGUAGUUUCUUCUCGGACCGCAAACCUGAAAUUAAAACAUAUAUUCGGUUUAUAUUGUCGUAUACAUCUCAAUAAAAAAAAUCAAAAUUGA